AUGGAGAUUAAGGUGAGAGUCCCAAAGGGGUUUGUGUUAGAGAAAGCAGUUUGCAAUCACGGUUUCUUUAUGAUGGCUCCAAACUGUUGGAUGCCAUCCACUAAAACCCUCGUCAGACCAAUCCGGCUACCCGAUCAACGUUCUGUUAGGGUCUCCAUUUCCCAACCUUCUACCACUUUCCUCUCCAUUACCGCACCUGAUGAACCAAGCUUAUAUUCUAAUUCCAGAGUUAUAAAGGAUCAAGUAAAGAGAAUGCUUAGGCUUUCUAAUGCAGACAAGGAGCAACUGAAGAAGUUUCAUGGGCUACAUACCGAUGCUGCCAAGAAAGGGUUUGGUCGUCUUUUCCGUAACCCAUCUCUAUUCGAAGAUCUUGUAAAGUCUUUGCUUCUCUGCAGAGCCUCAUUCAAAGAAAGUUUAGAACUGGCGGAAGGGCUUUGUGUUCUCCAAAAACGGCUGAACAUUGAAAAAGGAGUAGUGGAUCCGGCGAAAAGAGGUAGAAAGAAACAAUCAUUUUGUGUUGAAGAGUCAUGGGGAAAUUUCCCAAGCCCACAAGAACUCGCCAUUUUUAAGAACGCAAUAUUGUUGAACAAGAAGUGCAACUUGGGAUAUCGAGCUCAAUACGUACAUGAAUUAGCUAAGAAUAUCACAGAUGGUAAAAUCAGGCUCAUGGAUUUGGAGAAGUUAUGUGAUGGAAAUGAAUUGUACCAAAAGUUGAUGCCCCUUCCAGGGUUCGGUGACUUUGUUUCUAACAAUGCAUUGAUGUGCAUGGGAUUCUAUGAUGCUAUUCCAUGUGACUCUGAAACUGUAAGACUUAUCAAACAGGUCCACCAACGAGAAGAUUGUGACAAGAAAAAUAUGAAUGUAAUGGCUAUGGAGAUAUAUGACAGAUAUGCGCCAUUUCAGACACUCGCCUACUGGUCGGAGCUUGUGGACUACUAUGAAAAUAAAGUUGGGAAGCUGAACGAAUUGGAUAGAUGUCUUUAUAAAAACGUUGGUGGAAGCGCAAUUGAGAAAACUUACAUAAGUAAUUAA